AUGUCGUCUUCAGCUAUGUUGAACAUAAGAAGCUUGACAUUGCUGAGUCUUGCAUCUUCCGCUCUGGCGGCCGGCACCUUGGAUUUUGCUAUCCGCAAGCAGGUUAAACCACAACUCAAACCUCGAUUCGAUCGCCGAGACGCCUUCGACACUUCGGUCUUUACGGACGAUGGAUCUGCUUACUACCUGAACAUCUCUGUCGGAUCACCCGGUCAAUUGCAAACAGUUUCGCUCGAUACAGGAUCUAGCGAUCUUUUCGUUACAAGUUCGACCGCCCCAUUCUGCCAAAACAAUACCUGCGUGGGUGGUACGUUCGACGCUUCCAAGUCGUCUACAUUUCAAGUCGUUACACCGGGAGCUUUUGACAUUACAUUCGGAGAUGGGACCACCGAUGAUGGAGAUUUGGUCUCUGAUGUGGUUCAGAUUCGAGAUCGGGUCAUCACCAAUGUUACUCUAGGAUUAGCUUAUAACGUGAAUCCAAGCAAUGGUAUUCAAGAGGGACUUCUAGGCCUUGGCUAUUCUCUUAGGGAGAGCAGUGUUCUGACCAACGGAAUCCAAUAUCCAAACUUCGUCGAGACUUUGGUCAACGCGGGAGCGAUUGCUUCACGAUUUUACAGCCUGUACCUGUCGAAUCUGGGUCAAUAUGGCAGCAUAAUAUUCGGUGGUGUCGACACACAGAAAUUCGAGGGCAACCUUGUCACCCUGAAUUGCUAUCCCGCGCGUAACUUCACCAGCAGUUUCCAAUUGACAAUGUCCAAUGUCACGAUGGUCGAUGGAAACGGGACUACAAUACAACUUAUCAGCAGGAAUAACACACAAACCGGCUUUUUCGAUUCUGGUGCUACCGCAUGGAAUGUAGCGGAGGCCACUUACAUCAGAAUCGUCGACGUCAAUCCAUCCGGUAAACAAUACUGUGCGCUCUUGGUCUCUCCAUCACCCACCAAUUCUGGCAACGCAUGGGGCGAUGCCAUAAUGCGCGCUGGUUACUUUGUCUACGAUCUUGACAACAAUCAGGUGUCUGUGGGUCAAGCCAGAUACAGCGACGAGAGCAAUAUUGUUGCCGUCCAGGCUGGUCCCCAUGGCCUGGCGAAUGCCAUAAACCAACCUCGUUAUGCUCAGACUGCGCAAACAAACCCGCCUGUACCUUUCGCCACCGACCUCUCACGUAAAGCUUCUGUUUUCACAAUCAGUUCUACCAUCGGCGUUGCUACUGGCUCCACUGCUGUCAGCCUCGGCAAUUCCGGAUCUAUUACACUCAAGUCUGCAACCUUUAGCUCAAGGACAAGCAGCCCGGCUGGUUCAAGUGCUUCGAAAACUUCUUCUAGCCUAGAUGGGUUAUCUACUCGUACUGUAGCUAAUGCUCCAACGACGAGCAAGUCUUCUUUGACUCCAUCACAGACAAACUCAUAUGAGUCUUCGAGCUCUUGCACUCUUGACACCUGGUACCCCAGUACUACUGCCAGCAUGGAUGAUAUCGCGGCUCUGAGAGCUCGGGUGGCUGAAUUAGAAGAGCAAAUCAAGGGCUGUGGCUGUUAUUGGUAG